AAAAUGAUAUGGGAAUAAAAAAAGAUAAUUAAGAAAUCUAAAUGAGUUUUUUGGAUUGGAUUCUGACUCUGCUCGUAAUGGUCUCAACUGUAAUUCUAAACGUCGCAGACUACGACGAAGAAGACGAAGACGAGGAGUCUGUUCCCGCUGUGGAGCCUCCUAGGGUUUCGCACCACGCUCCUCGUGUCCGUACAUCCAACAGCGCAGUCAUUACCCCCAUCGAAUCGCAGAACCGAAGGAGGCGAGGUUUCUUGUUCCUUCGCGAAUGGGAGCAUGAGCCAAGAGAGCGAGUGGAACCUCACCGACGUUGACGGUCUCGCUUGCCCUAUUUGUAUGGACGCUUGGACCAAUAAUGGCGAACAUCACAUCUGCUGCAAUCGCAAACCCCUUUACUUACCCUAUUUUACCACCACCAUUAGUUCAUAUUUAUAGGUUUGGCCUUGGAGAUGCUAUUAGAUAUGCGGAGCAGGCAAUCCAUGUUCAAUUUUGAAUUGCAGGUAUGUUAUUCUCUCUCUCUCUCAUUCUCCCCCCUUUCCUCUUCUACUUAACAGCACCACAUAUUGCAUCUGCAGGACAGUUUUUUAUGCUUUUCUGUCUUUUAGUUUCACCAUUUCUCAGUUUACCUCCUAAACUUUCUUUUGUAUCAUUAACCCCUCAAAGUUUGUGUUGAAGUGAAAAAAUACUGUACGCAUGGUUAAAAUUGUGGUUAUUAAACCUGAAACCAUGAUUAAUUUAAGCAAAGUAAAUGGAAUUUAUUAAUUUAACAGUUCACUUUAAACCAAACUUCAGGGAGGUUUAGUGAUUUUAAAAAGAAAAGUUUAGAUAGGUAAGUUGGGGGAGUAUGUGGAACUAUAAAGCGGUAAAGUGUAAUAUACCCUAGUUUUUUUUUAAUCAAAUGUCCUCUCUUAUAAUAAGCUUAUUUUGUUAAUUUUUUUUAUAUGGUGUUGUCUAUUUGUGUUGAUGACUUAAUUUUAUUUAAUUAGUUGUUUACCUGUUUUAGAAAACGUUUGAUCUUGAAUGGUGCUGCUCAUGUUUUUGAUAUGGACAUUUCGAAUCAAAUUUUAUUAAUUGCUCAAAAGCGAGAGGCAGUAGGUGGAAUGCCCUUGCUAACUAAAAUGAGCUUGAUGUCUCCAUUUGAGAUGCAAGGCAUGUUACUGCCGUCUGGCACAAGUGGUGUUAAAGACCUAUAUAUUUCUCCUUCUCAUAGUAGCUUGGCCCUCUUUGCUUCUCUAGGGAAGAAAUUAUCAGUGCUCAGGUUCCUGCAUGGUCUUGUUCAUGGGAUCUCAACAAUUCACAUUACAUAUAUGCUGGACUACAGAAUGGUUGUGUCUUGGUGUUUGAUAUGUGCCAAACUGCAGGACCCAUGAAAUCUUUAGUUGGUUUGACUAGGAAUCCUGUGCAUACUGUACAUUCUCUUUCACAAACUUCAAGUUUGUCUUCUGGUGUUAAAACCAUCCUAUCUGCAUCUGCCAUUGACCUUUGUCAGUGGAACAUUGAUUCUGAAGAGCGGUAGGCUGCUUACAUUUUAUGGAUAUUUUGUUUACUUAUAUUCAUUAUCAUUGCCUUAUAGAUAUAAUACUAAAAUUUUACCAGCAGACACUAUCCAGUUAAAAUUGUAAUCAUUCAAUUUUGACAGGCAUUAGCAUUAUUUUCCCUAUUUUUCUUCUGGAUUUGUGUGGAUCUAUCUGUUGGAGAUCCCACACCAACUGGUGAUAUGACUAAAAUAGUGUAAGUGGGUGACAACCCUUACUUUACAUGCCGGUUUUGUAGGGUUGGGUUAGACCCAUAACCCACUUUCUAAGACUACCUGUGGGUAUAAUUAAUAAUAUACAUUUUUCUAAUGAGUGAUUCAUCUUUU